AUAAAUAUUUCCUGAGUCAUUGCUGCUACAUUUCAAAUCGAGCACACAACGCAUAUGCUCUCAUUCUAUUUUUUAUAAUAUUAUUUGACAAGUUUUUUUUUUUAAGAAUGGAGGGUUCCGUGUCAAACGUAGAUGUUUGUAAUUUAGCUUACUUGGGGCACUUUGAAAAAUUAAAACAGUCCAUAUUGUCAGACAAAACUCUUGCUUGCAAAACGGACCAGGAUCACAGAACUGCACUGCAUUGGGCUUGUUCGGCUGGACAUUCCGACAUUGUUUUCUUUCUACUUGACCUAGGAGUUGAAGUCAACCUGCAAGAUGAUGCUUUAUGGACCCCUCUUCACAUUGCAGCUUCUGCAGGUAGAGAGGACAUUGUAAGAGCACUCAUCUCCAAAGGGGCUCAGCUAAACUCUGUCAAUCAAAAUGGAUGCACUCCCCUCCAUUAUGCUGCCUCCAAGGACAGAUACGAGAUAGCUGUGCUGUUGCUUGAAAAUGGAGCUGACCCAAAUGUCACGGACAAACUUGAUUCCACUCCCCUUCACCGAGCAUCCGCGAAAGGAAACUAUCGCCUAAUCCAGCUGCUUCUCAAACAGUGUGCCUCAACCAACAUCCAGGACUCGCAGGGCAACACAGCACUCCACCUAGCGUGUGAUGAGGAGCGCGUAGAAGCGGCCAAGUUGUUGGUGGAACACGGGGCCAGCAUCUACAUUGAGAACAAGGAGGAGAAAACCCCUCUCCAGAUAGCCAAGGGUAGUCUGGGCAACAUGCUUCGUCGAAUUGUGGAAGGAUGAUGCGGUACCAAAACCCUCAAGUGUGGUUCUUGCCGGAACGUGACUGGUCACAAGACUAGUUACGGGUGGAAGAUGUGACUGUGUGCAGAGGAAGUGGAAGUGUUCAGCUUCCUCACCAGCUGCAUUAUUGUUGGCAAAACACUGACACAUUCUGGUCUGAACUGCAGCCCAUCUUCUGUGAAGUUUGAAUUGUUGCACAAAACCUAAUAAAAUGUGUGCAUUGUG